CCAUCUCUAAUAACAGUGUAUGCACAUUAUGUUUUCUUGUAAAAGUUUUGGUAGCACUGGAGCUCCACCCUCUCCGUUACUUGGGAGUGGAAGAAAAAAAAGCGAAAAGAAACAUGUAAAAUAGUAAAGUUCCUUGGAAAUCAGUUAGCAUUAUCAUUAUCCAUUUAUCACACACCAACAUCCAAGCACACCUUUACCCAAAUACCACCGAAGUAAGCCAAAAUGGACCACAAUGAGAUUUCUAUGUGCAUGGACGUCAAAUUGGAUACACAUGACAAGCGCGCCAUUGCACUGCGCUACAAAAGUUGGACCAGAUGUCAGGUGAAAAUCGAAGCCAUCAAGUGUGUGCCGUGUUUUCUGCGCCUCAGUUUCCAAUCUCUAAACGAUGAUGAGCCACAGCAGCAGCCGCAGCAACCACAACAACAUAAAUUGCUAAGUAUUUCGGUUAAUGUGCCUGGAGUCAACAUCAGUCUGGCAACAUCGCGCACCAAGCAACAUUCGUAUGGACUUUUUUGGACGCAGAAUCGACGUGAUUGCUUCAUAUAUUUUGCACUGGAAACGGAGACUGCGUGUCGUCGCCACAUGAAGUGGAUCAAGAAGUCCAUCAAGAACCUGGAGCUGUACAGACAAGUGUUUUUGGAGCAGCGCAGGCUCAGUAGGGAUACCAGUCAACGCGGCCCUUUGCCCAAUCUUCCCGAUUCGCUUUGCUUUGAGCUGGACGCCAAUAGCUUCAACUUUUCCGCACGCGUCUCGCAAAUCUAUGAGGAAAUCUUUGAUGGCAGUCGCAUCUCACGGGCAUCGAUUGCCUCGGGCAUCUAUGAGGAAAUGAAUCUGACGUCCGCCAAUGCGGCUAGAGCAAUCCUGGAAAUGCCACCUGCAUUGCCGCCUUUGCCCGCACAUCGCAAACGCAUCAACACCUUUGAGUGUCAGCCUGGUGAGAUUCCGCGCUCCAGCACCAAUCCCGAGUCGGAGCUGGCCAAGAAGAAGAAAUACAAAAACAUGCUGGACAACAUCUUCGGCCAGAAACGACGUUCGGGCAGCGCCAGUGUCGAUGGACCACCACCGGAGCGGGAUGAGGAGCGGGAGGAGCAGCAGCCACAGCAACAGUUGCCACUAUAUGAAAAUGCUCCCACUCCGGAGACAGCGCCCCCACGAAAACGCACUCCAAACAUUAAAAAUGCACAACGUAAUAGCUUCUCUAGUCCCGAUCUAUCCAAGCUCAACUUUCUGGACACAUUUGGUGAGGCGCUGUCCAGCGAGGAGCUGAACAUCAGUCUCGAGGAUUCCGCUAUUGAAGAUAAUUCCCGGCAAGCGCUGCUCGAUCAAAUUACACGUCAUGUAAGCAGAGCAGAUUCGCUGGAGAGCCUGAAUGUGUCGGAGCAACUGCCGCAUAACUUUAACUUCUCAGCCUGUAAUACGUCCACCAUCAAUCUCAUUGGCUCCAAUGGUGCUGUCUCUGUCACCAGUGGACAGCUGCUGCAGGCGAAGAAAAAGAAAGUGUUGGUGGACGAUCUCAAUGGAUACUGUGUGAUGGCGCCCAUUAUUCAAAAGAUUGACAGUAAUGGUGAGGUGGCGCUGGAGAAGAAACCCAGUGCCAGCACCGCAUCCACCUCAUCCGGCUACUCCACGGGCUCGUAUAGCUCAUCUACCAGCAGUUGCAACACCGACGAACAAACAGUCAAGAUCUCAGCUCCUGCUCCAGUUGCUGUUGCUCUCGAGGCACACAACGAGAGCGACAUUUAUGAGCCGAUGCAUGUGAACUCGUUAAACAGUCAUAAUAGCAUCUUGGCCGAUCAUCUCUAUGAGAAUCUGUUGGCAUUUAAGGCAUCACAGGAGCUGGAAGGGCAGCCCCUUGGUCUUGGCUAUGGCCUGAGCACCAGCACACCCACCGAAUCACCAUUGCUGCCUGCUCUGCCACCCAAGCAGCAGACGCCCACAACAGAUCAGCGGGAACAGCUGGAGCAGGAGGAGGAGGAUUAUUAUCAAACACCACGCAAGUCCAUCAUCAGCGUCGAUGAUAAGAUACCUUCCUAUUAUCCCAACAGCUGUGACACACUCAAGUCCAAGCGACGCAGUCCCAGCAGUGCAGAUGCAGCAGCUCCGGGAAUGCGUCACUUGGUCAGCGCCAGAUUAAGGCGUGAGCGUAAGGAGAAUCUCUACAUAUCAUCGCCUCAACAGAUUAUCGAGCAACGGCAAAAGACAACAGCAACAUUGUGCACAAAUACACCAACAACCACAUCUACAUCAUCGUCAUCAUCGUUAGCCAAGACUAAAACGUUAAACAAAAAGACUGCCGCCCAUAAAAUCUCCGAAGGUGUCUAUGCCGUCACCCAUGCAACCAAGCGUAUUAGCCACAACAACAACAACAAUAACAAUAACAACAAUCAAAAUGAUAUACAAGCUGCGGAGGAGGAGCUGCUGCAACUGGCGAUGCUGCAAAACAUUGAUUUCAAGUUCGACGAUGGCAAAGCGAGUGAAGCCAGCAGCAGCAAUAAUCCAAACAUUAAAUCCAAGACAAAGUCCAGUCAAUUGGAGGAUGAAUAUGAGCACUGCUAUCAGGCAGCAGAGCGUGCAACACGCAUGCUACAAAAGUAUGCCACACUGGCCAAGUUUGGCAAUUCACCAACCAAACAGCAGCAGCAACAACAAUUGCCACUCAAACCAGUCAUGACACAAUCCCAGUCACCCAACGAGUUGCAACAACAGCAACAACAAGUGGCAGUGGCACCAGUCAACAGCUUAAAGAAGUUUGCCUCCCUGCCACGUUUUAGGAAAAUUGACUUUUCGCCGCUCAAGUUGCGACUUAAUAAUGUAUUGCAACGUAAUCCAACAGCAGCUCCACAAUCGCCGCAGUAGCAAUAAGCCAAGCUCUCAUUGUUGUCGUUGUUGUUGUUCAUUUUUUAUUAUUAUUAUUGUAUCAUUAAGUUAAUUGUAAUUGAUUAAUCUGUAUUAUUCGCUAUAAUUUAUAUGUUUCGCAUGUGAUUUAUCCAAUUAUGUUUCAAGUUUCAAGUGAGCUGUUUGUAUUUAAUACGCUCCAUUAUUUUAUUAACUUAUAUGUUGAUCUUAAUUUUGUCAGAAAUAAUA